AAGCGGCCGCAGCCCCGGCCGCCGCGCCCCGCCAUGGGCUGCUCCAGCAGCGCCCGCAGCCGCCCCCCGGACCCGCCGCCCGCCGCCGCCGGGCCGCCGCCGCGGGCAUCAUCAGGUGAAAACGCCUCAACUGCAGACAAUCAUGAAACCAUAGCUGACCAAACACAGUUGGAGCCAGCGGAGGAUGUGAGUCUUGCCUCUGAGGAGACAAACCCGGACGACCAUCUGCCAGGAGAGGAGGCUGCAGCCGUGAUUCUGGCCGUAGAGGGAAAGAUCAAUUCAGUCAGUAAAAGGGAGGAGCCGGAGGGCACUGAGCCCCUGCCUGCAGGAGUGGAGGAGAGCUCUGAGCUGCCAUCUGCUUGGCGAGAGGAGAGCAAUGGGCCUUCACCUCCAGCACCAGGAGAAGAUAAGCCUUUCCCUCCAGCACCAGGAGAAGACGCAGAGGGCAAUGGGCUGGUAGAGGGCAGUGACAGAUCUGUAGUGGAAAUCAUCAAGAAAGUACAUAUUACUGAAGAGGACCACCUCAUUGAGGGUGAGACGGGAGAACAGGUGGAAACUGAGCUGCUGAGUGAGAUAGUAAGUGGAGGGCCUGAAACAAAAGAAGAAACAGGAGAAGCUGUGGAUGGUGCAGCAGCGACAGAGAUAGAGACAGCUAAUAACAAGGAAUAG